ACUAUUUCGCAGAAGUGCGAUAAAUCGGGAGCAAACGUACGAGUAGAACCCUAACAAAACGGACGUUAGUGAUUGAUUUGAGUUGUGUUGAUCCACUGUGUCAAUGUAGACUGCAUUUAGCAUUUCAGCCCCACAAUUCAGGUCAGGAGUGUAAUCCCCCGAUCCCGAGACCGUUUUUACCUUCAUAGUAGCCAAAGAGCAAGACAGUGUGAAUCGAGGCAUCAUGCAGUGGCUGGUCCCCGUUGUAUUGGCCUUUAUGGCCUUGGCGCCCAUGGAAUCCGAGGCUGUCCGAUUUCGGUGUGGCGUGUUCUCAUUCUUUGGCAAUGAUCGCGCUUGCCGAUUGUCUUGUUGGGUGACUGGACACAAAACCGGAAAUUGCGACGAAGACGACAAUUGCAACUGUUCGGAAACCGAGCUAGACCUGAGUGAGAGCAUUGACCGACUUUUGGACGGACUGGAUGUGUUUGAGUAUGUGGAACUCAAAUGGAAUACGUUUGUGGCCGAGGUCAAGUCAUGGGAGCUCCCCGACGCCAUCAAGAGCUUGGCGCCCUCUCGAUGCAAGAUCGGCAAUGCUUUCUGUAACUCGAGUUGUCACGCCAUUGGGCGUUUGGACGGCACUUGCAACGAGGAUUUCUCGGACUGUGCGUGCAACAGCGAAUUUGUGAGCCCCAGGCAGUACUCGCUGUGCUUGGACGAUGGGGUGUGCAGUCUAGUUUGCCAACGCGAUGGCAAAGCCCGAGGAGCUUGCGAAGGGCCUUACGGUUGGGAUUGCCGGUGUUAUUCCAACAAGGAGGCCACCGAAGAGGAUGCCAUUGAAUUCUCUGAGCCCUCUUUGAACGAAAUCGAUGUCGAGAAUGUGGAAUUCAAUGCCUAAACGAGACCACUCAUCCAUGAACCAAAGAUUUUGUUUCGAUCCCGUUUUACUGAACCAUGAUCAACAGUCAUUGAUGUAAUGCGAUAAUAAAACAGAGACUCCUUCUUUUGGGGAACAACUAGCAUCUUCCAAAUUUAAAGGAGUAGAGUCGGCCCGAAAUUGCAAAA